AUGGCAACUCGAAAGGUUAUUAAACCUGUUCCUAAAUUUGGAGACGAAACCUUUGAACUUACUACGUCUGAAUGUUCGACAGUUGCCGAAGCUGGUACUAAACUCACCGAGAAUGAUGAUGAUGAAGACGAAGCUCCAGUUGUUUUCUUGUGUGGAAAAUGUAAAGUACCAAUUGGGGAUUCUUUAUCGUGGGCAGGCAGCGACGACGACCAGAAUCAAAUAAUCCUUAGAUGCGUUAGUGACAGUGUUGUUAUUGGAAACGAGCCGUUCGUUUCAGACAGUCAUAAAGAUCUAGCAUGCUUCGUUGUGAACUUAAACUGUCGGUUCUGUUGCACCGUGCUCGGAGUGAUGUACGCAUCAACCCCCGCGAAACUGGAUUACAAGAGAUCCCUGUUCUGCCUCAGCGUUGAAAGCAUCGAAAGCUACGUCCUGGGCUCUGGCAGCCAGCAGGUGGCAGAGUUGGACGCAGAGAAGUGGCCAGUGACAAUGAAGUACCAGGAGAAUGUUGAGCGACAGUUGUCGGAGGUCAAAGCUUUGGCCGUGGCAGUGGGCCAACGACUUUUGGAAAUUGAAUCUGAUCUUCAAAGUGCAAAUAAGUGA